GGAAGUCAGGACAGCGGAUCCUAACUGGCCAAUGGGGAUUGGUCUGGGGGGAGGCCCGGAGACAGGAACUGACUCAUUCUGGACCUGAAGCUCUGGUAGCCCCUCAGUCUCCUGAGCUCCGAUCUGGGAUCUUGGCCUGGAGCAGGGAGUCAGACCAGUCUGAGCCGCCAGAGAAGCUGGGAUCAUCCCAUCGAAUUCCCUCUCUUUAGUGAAGGGGAAAAUGAAGGCCUGGAAGGAAUAGAGAUUCAGCCAGGGCCUGGAGUUCUCGCUGCCAUCAUGGGUACCAAGAGCCUCGCCACUCUUACCUGCUUGCUGCUGCUGCUUGCCUCAGUUGCCCAGGCUGCCAGACCCCGAUUUCGCCGAGAGGAGAACCCCGGCCUGCUGAGCAGGGUCCAGAGCCACAUCUUUGCCUACUGGCAGACCGCCAAAGCCAAGGUGCAGGAGCUCUAUGAGAAUGUCCACAUACCCAGAAUGGAUGAAAACCUCAGGCACAUCUAUGGCAAGGGUUCAGAGGCCAUGACCACAUACACUGGGAUUCUAACAGAUCAAAUCAUUCACAUGCUAAAGGGAGAGCAGUGAUGAGGCAGUGAAUCCUGGAUCCCCCUCAUCUCCUCCAUCUUUUGCCCAACCCAGGCGGAUGCAGCCUGGAAACCUCACUCUCAGACUUCCCUCCAAUAAAACUGUCUAUAAAUGA